GUUUAUCUUUGGGGUCAUAAAGCGCACUGGGGGAAUAGGUAUCGGUGAGCGGUUAAUUGAAGUCUUUCAAUUGGUGGAAGCUUGGCAAGCAAGACUGCGCUAGUUAAAGGAAUAUGCUUUUUUGUGUGCAGGUGUCGUAGGUUAAGUCACAUUGCGGAGGAACGAAGAGGUGAUUUACCCAAUUCAGGAAAUACAAAAGUGAAUUUGUGCUUCUUCAUGAUCCAUGCCCAGAAUGAAGCAUCUGCUUAGAAAACUUCAUAUUGGUGGCGGUAUAAAUGAUCACCAGAGAUUAUCGCCGGAGACUGCCCCAGUGCUCAGCCCCACUCCCAGUCUCACUCUAUCCUCGUCUGCUUUGUCGUCCCCUACAAUGCCUACCGUCACUACAACUGAAUCGGCUGCUGAUCGGGCGGCUGUUGAUGUUACCGCUGACGUUGGUGGCGAUAAGGGAGUAGAUUUCAAUUUCAUGGAGGAGGAGUUUCAGAUGCAGUUGGCUUUGGCAAUUAGUGCUUCUGAUUCUGAUGGCCGCAAGGACCCCGAUUCUGCUCAGAUCGAUGCUGCCAAGCAGAUGAGCCUCGGGUGUCAGACAUCUGUUACUGACACGAAAGCGCUCGUUCAGUUUCAAUCUCUUCGUUAUUGGAACUACAGUCUCAUUGACUACGAAGAGAAAGUGAUGGAUGGAUUUUAUGAUGUUUAUGGCAUAACCCCAAAUUUAGUUGAACGAGGAAGGAUGCCAUUGUUGAUUGAUCUGCAAACUACGUCCGUCUCAGAAAAUCUUGAACGUGAAGUGAUUUUGGUGAACCGCAUGGUUGAUAAUGAGCUGAAGCAGCUUGAGAAAAAAGCCUAUAAAUUAUUAAAGAACUUCCACUUUUCUGAACAGGGACUAAUCUUAAGUGGCCUACUUCAGAAACUUGCUGACAUUGUGGUUAAUAGAAUGGGUGGUCCAGUUGGUGAUGCUGAUGAAAUUUUGAAAAGGUGGACCAUGAGGAGCCGUGAGUUAAGAAAUUCAUUAAGAACCAGUGUUCUUCCCAUUGGCUGUCUUGAUGUUGGACUUUCACGUCACCGUGCCCUACUUUUCAAGGUACUUUCAGAUAGAAUUAAUGUUCCCUGUUUGCUGGUCAAAGGGAGUUACUACACUGGAACUGAUGAUGGAGCUGUGAAUUUGAUCAAAGCUGAUGAUGGGAGUGAAUUCAUUAUUGAUCUGAUGGGUGCUCCUGGUGCUCUUAUUCCUGCCGAAAUACCCAGCAGUCAGCUUCAAAACUACAGUUUUCCUGUAAGGAGCUGUACAGAUAUUGUGGAGGUAUCAAAAGACGCACAUUUGAUGUUAGAUGACGGAAGUAGAAUGCUGGCAGUUUCUGGAAGAUGUUCAGCGGUAGGCACCGCUUGGCCAGAAGAAUUAAUAAGUGUUGGCAGUAAAAAAAUACCAGUUGAAAGGAAUUCUGUUGGAAUGAAUCAAGCAGAGAGGUCUGAGCAUAAAUUUGGGAAUCAUCUUCAGUCACUGCAUAAAUCAGGUGAAAGCUCUUCAGGUGCAAAAGCAUCACCAGCAGGAAAAAAGCAAGCGAAAGAUGUAUCAACAGGCCCAGAUUUUGCUCAAAACUUACACAUUGUUCAAUUAGAAAAUUAUGCACUACCUUCAUCGGAUCUCUUUUCACAUAUUAAUACACAAAAUACAGCUCAAGAUAAAGUGUUUGAAGAUUUUCCUCAGGUUACUGAAAAAAUUGUCAAAAAUUCUGUCCAAGCUGAUCCAGAUAAGUUGUUAUCAAGCUGUGAAAAGUCUGUCAAAUCCCCUCAAGGGGUGUGCUCUACCAGUGAUAAUGCGAGGAAGGUGCCAGAUACUUUCUGUAAUGGAAUUGAAGAACUGGAGCAGCUAGAAGCAUUAGACAUAGAAAGCGCUUCAUCCAAUGCUCAUCAGAAGCAUGAAGAGCAAUUUCUUGAGUCGUCCUUGCCCAGAGCAGCUGUGUCUUGCAAAAGACAAAGAGGGGUUAACUUUGUUUGCGACGAUGAUGAAAAUCUUCUUAAUAAUAAGGCUGUAGAGGCUUUUAAUGACACUGAAUUGGAUAAGGCUUCUGCUGUCCAAUUAAAUGAAACAGCUAAUGGAGAUCACACUAAAUAUGAUGGCAAAAGUGAUAAAGUUAAUGCAGUUCUAGGUGAGGGCGUAGAAUGGGAGAUUCAAUGGGAGGAUCUUCAAAUUGGUGAGCGAAUUGGUAUUGGUUCCUAUGGUGAGGUCUAUCAUGCUGACUUGAAAGGCACCGAAGUGGCUGUGAAGAAGUUUCUAGACCAAGAUUUCUCUGGUGAUGCAUUGGCUCAGUUUAAAUCGGAAGUUGAGAUAAUGUUGAGACUGCGGCAUCCUAAUGUUGUGCUCUUCAUGGGAGCAAUUACCCGACCCCCACAUUCCUCUAUCUUGACAGAGUUUCUCCCAAGAGGAAGUCUAUAUAGGCUAUUACACCGACCCAAUUUUCGACUUGAAGAGAAGAGACGGUUGCGUAUGGCUUUUGAUGUGGCUAAGGGAAUGAAUUACUUGCACACAAGCCAUCCUCCCAUUGUCCAUCGGGAUUUGAAGUCUCCAAAUCUUCUUGUUGACAAACAUUGGGUUGUUAAGGUCUGUGAUUUUGGCUUGUCCCGCUUGAAGCACCAUACCUUUUUGUCUUCAAAGUCUACUGCUGGAACGCCUGAGUGGAUGGCUCCAGAAGUCUUAAGAAAUGAGCCAGCCAAUGAGAAGUGUGAUGUAUAUAGUUUUGGUGUGAUUUUGUGGGAGUUGGCUACCACGAGGAUCCCAUGGAAGGGGUUGAACCCAAUGCAGGUUGUUGGAGCUGUCGGGUUUCAAAAUAGACGGCUUGAAAUUCCAGAGGAUGUUGAUCCAGUAGUAGCACAAAUUAUAUGUGAUUGUUGGCAAACGGAGCCACACUUGCGACCAUCAUUCUCACAGAUCAUGUCUCGUCUCCGCCACCUUCGGCGCCUGGUUGUUAGAACAGAUUCGACUGAAAAACCAAAUGAAGUUGGCCAUAGUACCAAAUUAUUGAGAUGAUAGUUGUUGCUUGGUUCAGAGAUCCGGAGCAGCUAAAGCUUUCAACGUUUUGUGCUUUCAAAUUAAAACAAGAAAACGGAUUAAGAGCUUAUCAGCCUGCCUCUAGCUGGGAUGCCAACAUGGAGAGCAGCUAAAGAUUUUACCUAUUGACAUAUGAGGAGAUUGCUGAACUGGGAAGUGUAAGGCUCAUUCAAAGCGGUAGGCGCAAACAACCAUCAGAGCACGGUAAAAACCGUUCCAACUACCUGCAUUAGUGCGGUUGAAGUUUGGUUUUCACAGUUCAGUAUCAAAAUUGUAUUUAAAAUAAAAAAAAACAAACUUUAUAUUUUUGGGGGGGAGAACUUGACAGCAAUUGUAUCUAUAGUCAGUUUUAUAAAGCAUGAGUUAGAGUAGGGCCGACAAGUUGUCCAAGGAAAAAAGGAGCAGGGACAACUGAAUAAUCCACCAGAAAAAGAGGGGUGAGGAGAGAAAUAGGCAAAAGAAAAUAAACGGUACAAAAUUGUUCAUUAUAAUUUGUAUGUAGAGGACCUAUUUGGAGUUUGGAAUUGUUAACAUGUGAUCUUUGCGGUUCAAGUGGAAAUGUAAACAGAAAUCUCGAAAUGAAGAAAGCAUUUGUAUAUUCGGCGUA